GGUCCUCGGGGUCCUCAAGGGAUUGAUGGUGAACCUGGUAUCCCUGGCCAGCCUGGUGACCCUGGUCCUCCAGGGCAUCCUACCCACCCAGGACCAGAUGGACUAAGCAGGCCAUUUGCAGCUCAGAUGGCAGGACUGGAUGAGAAAUCUGGACUUGGUAGUCAGAUGGGAUUGAUGCCUGGUGCAGUGGGUCCAGUGGGUCCAAGAGGUCCUCAAGGUCUCCAAGGAAAACAAGGUGGUGCAGGCCCCACAGGCCCACCUGGUGAACCUGGGGAUCCAGGACCUAUGGGUCCAGUUGGUUCUCGUGGACCAGAGGGACCUCCAGGCAAACCUGGUGAAGAUGGUGAACCUGGUAGACCAGGACAAUCCGGUGAGCCUGGAUUUCCAGGAUCUCCAGGGCCUCGAGGCUUUCCUGGUGCUCCUGGUCUCCCAGGUCUCAAGGGUCACAGGGGAUUGAAAGGACUUGACGGUCCAAAAGGUGAAAUUGGAGCAGCUGGAGCAAAGGGAGAAUCCGGACCAACAGGUGCCAUGGGUGCAACAGGUCCUCUUGGACCGAGAGGAAUGCCAGGAGAAAGAGGUCGAAUUGGCCCACAAGGUGCCCCUGGUGGACGUGGCCAGCAUGGUAUGCCUGGGAAGCCAGGGCCAAUGGGCCCACUUGGCAUAACUGGUUCUCCAGGUUUUCCAGGUGCUCCUGGUGUAAAGGGUGAAGCAGGUCCAACGGGACCUCGUGGUCCUGAAGGUCCUCAAGGACAAAGAGGUGAAACAGGUCCACAGGGCCCAGCUGGAUCACAAGGUCUUCCUGGUACUGAAGGAACAGAUGGCUCCCCGGGUGCUAAGGGCCCAACUGGAUCUCCAGGCACUGGAGGCCCCCCUGGCUUAUCAGGCCCACCUGGUUCCCCAGGACCACAAGGCAGUACUGGCCCACCUGGUAUUCGAGGCCAGCCGGGAGACCCUGGUGUCCCAGGUUUCAAGGGAGAAGCAGGACCCAAAGGUGAACCUGGCCCACAAGGUCCCCAGGGUCCCAUUGGCCCUGUAGGUGAAGAAGGGAAAAGAGGUCCUCGAGGUGAUCCAGGGUCAGUAGGUCCACCAGGUCCUGUUGGAGAGAGGGGUGCUCCUGGUAAUCGUGGUUUUCCAGGUUCUGAUGGCUUGCCUGGACCAAAGGGUGCCCAAGGGGAGCGUGGUCCAGCAGGUUCUUCUGGUCCUAAAGGAGGUCAGGGAGAUCCUGGGCGUCCUGGUGAACCUGGCCUCCCAGGUGCAAGGGGUUUGACAGGAAAUCCAGGUGUUCAAGGCCCUGAAGGGAAACUUGGCCCCUUGGGUGCUCCUGGAGAAGAUGGACGUCCAGGUCCAGCAGGUUCAAUAGGAAUCAGGGGUCAGCCAGGCAGCAUGGGCCUUCCUGGGCCGAAGGGUAGUAGUGGUGAUCCUGGAAAACCCGGAGAAGCAGGCAAUGCAGGUGUCCCAGGACAGAGAGGAGCCCCUGGUAAAGAUGGUGAAGUUGGUCCUUCUGGUCCUGUUGGCCCACCAGGUCUGGCAGGAGAAAGAGGAGAACAAGGCCCUCCAGGUCCUACAGGGUUUCAGGGCUUGCCUGGGCCACCAGGUCCUCCAGGUGAGGGAGGAAAGCCAGGGGAUCAGGGUGUGCCUGGAGAUCCUGGAGCUGUUGGUCCGUUGGGUCCUAGGGGAGAACGUGGCAAUCCAGGGGAAAGGGGAGAACCAGGUGCAUCAGGACUCCAGGGUGAAAAGGGUAUGGCUGGAGGUCAUGGGCCUGAUGGUCCAAAGGGAAGCCCAGGUCCUAGUGGGACGCCUGGUGAUCCAGGCCCACCAGGUCUUCAAGGUAUGCCUGGAGAAAGAGGAAUUGCUGGAACACCUGGCCCCAAGGGUGAUAGAGGUGGCAUAGGUGAGAAAGGUGCUGAAGGUACAGCUGGUAACGAUGGCGCAAGAGGUCUCCCUGGUCCAAUAGGCCCAAUGGGUCCAGCAGGUCCCACUGGUGAAAAGGGUGAACCAGGUCCUCGAGGUCUAGUUGGUCCUCCUGGCUCCCGUGGAAACCCUGGUUCCCGAGGAGAAAAUGGCCCAACUGGCGCUGUUGGUUUUGCUGGUCCUCCGGGCCCUGAUGGUCAGCCAGGUGUGAAAGGUGAACCUGGAGAACCUGGACAGAAAGGAGAUGCUGGAUCUCCAGGACCACAGGGUCUUGCUGGGUCUCCUGGUCCACCGGGCCCUCCAGGUGUUCCUGGUCUGAAAGGUGGUAGAGGAACUCAAGGUCCACCUGGUGCUACUGGAUUCCCGGGAUCUGCUGGAAGAGUUGGACCUCCAGGACCUACUGGAGCUCCAGGGCCUGCUGGGCCUAUUGGUGAACCAGGAAAAGAAGGUCCCCCAGGUCUUCGUGGAGAUCCUGGUUCUCAUGGCCGUGUGGGAGAUCGAGGGCCAGCUGGGCCCCCUGGGGGUCCUGGAGACAAGGGUGACGCAGGGGAAGAUGGGCAGCCGGGCCCAGAUGGUCCUCCUGGUCCAGCAGGAACUACUGGUCAAAGAGGCAUUGUUGGUAUGCCAGGACAGAGAGGGGAAAGAGGCAUGCCAGGGUUGCCAGGUCCUGCAGGUACACCAGGAAAACAAGGUCCCACGGGGCCACCUGGUGAUAAAGGUCCCCCAGGACCUAUUGGCCAGUCAGGUGCCACUGGACCUGUAGGUGAAGCUGGUCCAGAAGGACCUGCUGGUAAUGAUGGUACUCCUGGACGAGAUGGAGCUGUUGGAGAACGUGGUGACCGUGGUGAGCCUGGCCCUGCAGGCUUACCAGGUUCCCCAGGGGGUCCCGGAACUCCAGGUCCUGUUGGGCCUCCAGGAGAUGCAGGUCAAAGAGGUGAAACUGGUUCUCGAGGUCCAAUGGGUCCCCCAGGUCGUGCAGGAAAAAGAGGUUUACCUGGUCCCCAAGGACCUCGUGGUGACAAAGGUGACAAUGGAGAUCGAGGCGAUAGGGGCCAGAAAGGACACAGGGGUUUCACUGGGCUUCAAGGUCUUCCUGGUCCUCCUGGUCCUAUUGGUGAACAGGGCAGUCCUGGCAUUCCAGGCCCAUUUGGUCCUCGGGGUCCUCCAGGUCCAGUUGGUCCUUCCGGCAAAGAUGGAAGUCCUGGUCCACUUGGGCCAAUUGGGCCUCCUGGUGUUAGAGGGAGUGUGGGAGAAGCCGGACCUGAGGGUCCGCCAGGUGAUCCUGGCCCUCCUGGCCCUCCAGGACCUCCAGGCCAUCUCACUGCUGCCAUUGGUGACAUUAUGGGACACUAUGAUGAUGCUAUGGCAGAUCCACUACCAGAGUUUACUGAAGAUGAAGCAGCCCCAGAUGACCACAAUAAAACAGACCCAGGAGUCCAUGCCACACUGAAGUCACUGAGCAGCCAGAUUGAGACUAUGCGCAGCCCAGAUGGUUCAAAGAAACACCCAGCACGGACUUGUGAUGAUGUAACAGAAUCAUAUUUUACGUUCUCUGCAGGUGAAUAUUGGAUUGAUCCUAACCAGGGAUGUGUUGAAGAUGCUAUAAAAGUAUACUGCAACAUGGAAACUGGAGAGACCUGUAUUUCUGCAAACCCGUCUACUAUACCACGUAAAACAUGGUGGGCCAGCAGGUCAUCUGACGUAAAGCCCAUUUGGUAUGGCCUUGAUAUGAACAGGGGAUCACAGUUUCUGUACGGGGAUACAGCUGUCACUCAGAUGACAUUCCUGCGCCUCCUAUCAAAGGAAGCUUCCCAGAAUAUCACUUACCUUUGUAAAAACAGUGUUGGGUACAUGGAUGACCAGACUAAGAACCUGAAAAAAGCCGUAAUUCUGAAGGGGGCCAAUGACCUGGAGAUCAAAGCGGAGGGAAACAGCCGAUUCAGAUACACUGUUCUGCAUGACAGUUGUUCUAAACGUAAUGGGAAUGUUGGCAAGACUGUCUUUGAGUACAGAACACAGAACGUGGCACGCUUACCUAUCAUUGAUAUUGCACCAGUGGACAUUGGCAGUACCGACCAGGAAUUUGGAAUUGAAAUUGGGCCAGUUUGCUUUGUGUAAGAGAAAGGGGGGGAAAUUAACACAAUACCCAGCAACAGCAGCAAUUAAACACACGAACUUAGACUGAUUGAAGUUAAUCCUGAGACUCUUGAAGUAAUGUCUGAUAUUGGAUCAGCAUUGUAUAUACGGUUCUUUUUAAAUGCCCGGCCUCCUUUUGAAUAUUUAUUUUACUUACAAACUUUCCGUUUUAAAUGAUUGAAACCAACUUUUUAGUACAACAGUACAAUUUUAAGAGGAUCGAUGACCACCUUUUAAAAGUAAUAUGAAUCUUUUUCCUCGCUUUUGUUUCAAAUUAUUUCAAAAUUUACAGGUAUUCAAAAUAGAUAGUUUUAAUGUGGAACUAUGUUAAGCUCUAAGGAUUAUUUCUUUUGCUUGGAUGCAUACUAAAUAACAGAAAAGUAGAGCACUUUUGUGAACCAUUGGCUGUAUUUCAAGCAAACAUAUUCCCU